UUGAGCCAGUAAUAAACAGUGGAAAAUCGGUGCAACGCUUGCUCGUUUAUUAUUAUACGAGAGUGUCUCGAUAAGGAAAAGUAAAAAUUGAACGGCUUGCUUUCCCUCGAUAAAUGGUGUACAGAAAAGGCGAACGUACCGCGCCACAGAUAAUCCGUUCAGUUUCACACGAUUCGAUGUGUAAUAGAAUUUACGAUGCGCAGUUUACCUGCAGCGGACUAUUAUACCUACAUAAAAUUGAAGUUCAGUUUAUACCGUAAUAACAAUACUUCGCAAUACAGCAUAAUUAGCGUGGAGUUUGUUUCCUGAGGAUACUUAUAGAAGAAAAAUAUCCAUCCAUUGUUAGUAAAUCAUAAUUAAGGAUUAAACAAUGUGAAUAAAAAUCGCAAAGACCGCAUCGAUUCCCAUUGUCAAAAUAAACUUAGACUAGCCGAUUGCACUUAACCCGUGGAUUAAUUGGCGAGGUAAUCAACGCGCAUGUCGCGUGACUGGAAUCCGGUGCCCCCAUUUCCUGCCCAGUAUUUUAUAACAGUCGUUACGUUCGUGAUUGGACAUUAUGCUGGAAAGAAGGAAAGAAAGACGUGCCUUUUAUUGGCACUCUCGGAGUCCAAGUAUUGCUCCCGGUGGUGCGGGUUCAUCGAGUUCCAUGCACCAACCAUCGACCUGUACUUUUAAGUCCGUCCAACUCGGCUCUGCCCAGAUCAUGCCCGGUGUCCGCCUAUAAAGAACUCCUCAAGUCUCUUUCUUCGCCAAGUUUCCUCCGUCCUACGAUAGGUUCAACAUGUUUCGAGUGAGUCUGAUUUAUCUUUGCGGAGCAGUAUCCUCAUUCCAUAAACUAACUGUGAAUUUUCCUUGUUUCUUACAGGUACUCGUCCUGGUUCUGGUUUCCAAUGUUUUGGCAGAGGCGCCGUUGAGACCAGGGCACAUCAAAUACAGCGACGAUAACGGGAUCAAAGUUGACUGGAAGCUGUACGCUCCUUACACUCAGUUCAAGUCCCAAAUUCAGCGUCACUACGAGCGAAGGGACGAGGGAAAAGCAACGGCAAAAGUGGAACCGAGGGUCGUCAGGCCGACCGGAAAUCAAGCCAGAGUUCGAGCCGAGCUUCUGGGGCAUGAACAGGAGCAGCCUGUGCGGUACAAGCCUUUCUCGCAAGUUCCAAACCCGCUAAAGCAGCUCCUCAUGGAGUCUUACGAAGCCCAGGCGCCCUACGUUGAUCACGAGGCCUUCUUUCACCGACUUCCGGUUCCGCAGCAAUCGGUUCCUCCGGAGAGACAGGGAGUUGGGUACCAAUCGGAGAUCGUCAGGCCGGAAACUCGUGACCAGCAAAGUGAAAUUAUAUCGGAAGCGAGAACAUCGAGUGCACAUCAAUCUCUCUUCUUCGACAAGAGCGUUCCCGCGGAAAUUCAACGGCUGCUAAAGUACCAGGCUCAAAUACCGUACAACGUUAUUGCUAAUCACAUAGUUUAUAAACCCGAAACCCCUUUCGUACCCGAACCCUUACCUGAUGACGAAAUUGGUCCGUACAAAUAUCGCAGCAGAGUUUAUUACGCGUACCGACCAAAUUACAAGGAGGAUCAGGCUGAGCCUGUUUCCGAAGAAUCUGAUCGCAAAUCUUCGUAUUUAACUGCUGCGGUAAAGUAGAAAAUUUAUUUAAGUUACAGUU